AUGGCUCAGAACAACGCCCAGAACGUCAUUCGAAGGAAGUUGGUGAUCAUCGGCGACGGCGCAUGUGGGAAGACGAGUUUACUAAGUGUGUUUACUUUGGGAUACUUUCCUACGGUACCCACUGUUUUUGAGAACUAUGUUACAGAUUGUAGAGUCGAUGGGAAAUCUGUUCAGCUGGCGUUAUGGGAUACAGCCGGUCAAGAAGAUUAUGAGAGACUGCGGCCACUAGCUUACGCCAAAGCCCAUGUCAUUCUAAUUGGAUAUGCCGUUGAUACACCCGAUUCGCUCGAGAACGUUGCCAAUAAAUGGAUUGAGGAAGCCCAUGAACGCUGUCCUGGCGUUCCCAAAAUACUUGUUGGGCUCAAGAAGGACCUCCGCGAAGAUGCCAAUGCUCGGGAGGAAAUGCGCAAGAAGUCAAUGCAUUUCGUGCAAACCAGUUACGCCGAGACCAUCGCCAAACAGGUCGGCGCAAGGAAAUACCUAGAGUGCAGCAGUUUGACCGGGGAGGGUGUGGACGAUGUGUUUGAGGCUGCCACCAGGGCAGCAUUGUUAACUUUUGAGAAGGAGCGUGGUGGCGGGUGCUGCACCAUCUUGUAA